CGCGAGUUGAACUAAUCCUAAUUACUCUGUGAUCUGUAUUCAUCCUCUCGAUCCCGUGAUACCAUCGUGCGAUCCGGACUUAAGCGCUCUCAGUGACACUGCAGCUCAGUGACGAUGCCAAUCGCAAGUUUGGCUUUCCUGAAUCGGCUCAGCUGCAGCUUUUUUGGUCGGGUGGCGCUUUUUGGUCUAACUGCUUUACCUUGUCGCGUUUGCCUAACACUCUGGUUCCCGGCCCCCCGUUUUCCUGCCGGUAGUCGUCGGUUAAAAGUGGCGAAAGAUGCAAGGGCUUGGAAGGGGCUUGGCAUCUGCCUUUUUGGUUCUGAUGGUGACGACAACGGAGAUGAGGUGAUAUGUUUUUGGUGAUUAGCUGGCGAUCUUGAUUUUGA